UAAGGUAAUGAUGUCUAAACUUUAAUGGAUGGCUCUUUCUCUUCUCUCUCCUAGGUAACAUACGGUAAGAUAAAAAAUUAAAAUUGAAUUGUAAUCCGAAAAUUUUUCAUUUUCAAAUCUUAUAGUCUUGACCCUUGUACAAAGGACAUGUACUUCUCGUAUCUCAAUGUCCUAGAUCCUUGCAACAGCACCCCCGUCUCCUUUUCUACACAGUAUAUAUAUAUAUAUUUCAUUACCUUGCCUCUUAAUCAAUGUUCCAGUAUUUGGCUUUUUGUUCAUUCAAAUUUUAGUUUUUAGUCGUAUUAAAAUCAAUCAGAAAAUGAGAGUUGCUUCUAGGAAGGGGGUUGCCUCUUAUUUUAAUGUUUCUAUUCUUUCCAUGCAAAAUGGUUUCAAAGGCAUGCUUUUAGUAGCAGUAGUUUGGGCAAAUUAAGGGUCCUUAGAUCUGAGACAUGAUUGUCAUGAGAUCGGUGGUUUGUCACAAGUUAAUGAACUUCUUAGUCUGACUAGACUAGUGUCUCUUUGCACUCAUUGUUGUCGGCAUUUCAUUGUUUCGAAAAAUUCUAGAGAAGUGUUUGUUAAAUUCCAGAAGUCUUCAGAGGUUUUAUUUUGGGGGGGAAAUUUUGGUUUUGGUUUCCAAAAUGGGGCAUUCUGCAGCAGUAUGGGAUUACAGGGCAGCAACUGAGGUUAUAAAGGAUUGGAAUGGGACUGACAAGGUUGUGCUUCGGAACCCUCAAGGGGCUUCAGCAAGGGUUAGCUUACGUGGAGGACAGGUCACUUCAUGGAGGAAUGAGCAAGGGGAAGAACUUCUGUUUACUAGUAGUAAGGCAAUUUUUAAGCCCCCAAAAGCAGUGAGAGGGGGAAUCCCUAUUUGUUUCCCACAGUUUGGUAACUGUGGGUCACUCGAGCAACAUGGAUUUGCAAGGAACAAGAUCUGGACAAUUGAGGAAAAUCCUCCACCUCUCAAUCCAAAUGAUUCCCAUGGCAAAUCCUUCAUUGACCUAUUGCUUAAACCAUCUGAAGAAGAUCUCAAGUGCUGGCCCCACAGUUUUGAGUUUCGCUUGAGAGUGUCGCUUGCAGCAGAUGGAAGUCUGACAUUAAUAUCACGAGUUAGGAAUGUCAAUGGGAAGGCAUUUAGGUUCUCUUUUGCGUAUCAUACAUAUUUGUCAGUUUCUGACAUAAGUGAAGUGAGGAUAGAAGGCCUGGAGACGCUUGACUACCUAGACAACCUUUGCCAUAAACAACGUUUUACAGAGCAAGGAGAUGCUAUAACUUUUGAAUCAGAGGUGGAUCGAGCUUACCUCAGUACCCCAAACGUAGUUGCUGUACUCGAUCAUGAAAGGAAACGAACAUAUGUUAUCAGAAAGGAGGGACUACCUGAUGUUGUGGUAUGGAAUCCAUGGGAGAAGAAAUCGAAAUCAAUGGUAGAUUUUGGGGAUGAUGAAUACAAGCAGAUGUUAUGUGUUGAUGGAGCAGCAAUCGAGAAGCCUGUAACCUUGAAACCAGGUGAGGAAUGGACAGGGCGGUUGGAACUCUCAGUUGUACCAUCAACUUUCUGUAGCGAACAUUUUGAUCUAAAGAGCGGUGGAUUUUGAUGGAAAUGGUUUCAGAACAUGUACCGCUACAUUUUAUGAUGCUUUAGUAGCUCCACUCGUAGGUGGACUUGUUGGAACUCUAAAUUCUCAUGCCAAGAAGAUGAGAAUUCAUGUAACAGUAAGCCUACUUUUAUUUUUUUAAAGAAUGGCCGCAACUUUUUGACGGUUGACAUAAAAAAAAAGAGAAAAUCUGUUUCAUGACGAGAAAUUUCAUCUUUGUUGAUUUCUAUGCCGAUACUGAAGUCAAAAUUUUGUUAAAAUGAAAAUUAAUAUACAUAUAAAUUUUAAACUGAAC